GACAAGUUAUUAAUAUUACUAUUUGCGACACUGGACUAAAAUUUAGGCUUCCCUGACAACACCUUAACGUCAUGCAUUGGCGCUAGACCGAAAAACUGAACAAUUGCAGCGAGCUAAUAUUUUGAAGGAUGACAUGCUGGUGUAUAUUUAUUUACUUAUCUUCACUUUUUUAUAUUUUUUAUCCCACGAAAUGUAAAAUUAAUCAAUGAUUUGCAUUCAUAUUAUCUUACCGUGGCUCUGGAAUUCGAACGAUCAACAAGAGAAAUGACGAACCAAGAAGGAUUAUUCAAAUGUAACAUCUGUGGUCAAACAUUCACCCGCAGACAACAUGAAAGUAGACAUCAACGUAUACACACCGGAGAGAAGCCAUACAAGUGCUCGCACUGCCCUGAUGCCUUCUCUAGAUCAGAUCUGCUCAAUAGGCAUAUAAGCAAGGCUCAUCCCACGGUCGAGAUCAUACCUAAAAGGACGAACGGUCGUCCAGGCUCACGUAGCAACAGAGUCACUAAUAUAUCACAACAACCAAUUUCUAAGGCACAGAGAAAUCAUGAUAAGUUGGUCGAUGCCGAAGCUAACGCUAGCGCGAACGGUCUCCCAUAUCAACAGGCCAACGAUGACGAAAUAAAUAAAUUCAUGCCAACUUUAGUUGGAACUAGCGCACCAACGACUAUAACUGAUUCAAACUUUUUAAUUAAAUCGGCAACUGACAAUUGGUUGUCUCAGUCGAACCCUAACACAUUGCCAUUGUCUCCAAUGUCCAUAUUACUUCAGAAUCAAAAUCCAGAAUUACAACAAAAUGACGAUUUUAGUUAUCUAUUCAAUCAUGACAACAUCAUGAGCAAUUUCUUAAAUUCACCUUCAAUACAAGUUGAACAAAAUUUUGCUACUAAUACUCUUAAAGUAUCUACACCUAACAUGGUCAUUGAAAGCCCAUUUGAUACAUUCGAUAAAGCUCAAGGUAGUCAAGUUACGAAUGAUUUCAUCGCUGCUCUUAAAAAGAGAUCAUCACAAAAUUUAAGAAAGAUGUCGCUCAAAAUGCCACAAAAUGGUACCCACACUAGGCUGAUUGGUGAUAGUUCUCAUGGUGUUACCACUUUCCAUCUCAACACCAAACCAAUGCAAAAAAAGAGAAUGAUGAAGAAAGCCAAAGAAAUGGCGACUGAAAGCUUGAAACAUGAAGAGGUAUCACCCAAAAAUGAACCACUCAGUGCGGGUACACCAGAUUUGAUUAGUUCAGAGUUAUCUUCACCGUCAUCCGUGUCUGUUGUCUCACCAAAUGACUAUUCCAGAAAUCAAGCUCAACAAGCGAUUAAUGCAAUACAGAAACUUAGAUUCAGAGAUGAAAGUAAGCCAAAACUCACAGAAGAUCUUCCAUUCCAAGAUGAUUUCAUCGAUCCACAUCACUUUAUGUCAAGCUUUUUAACAACUUGAUGGAGAGAUCUUUAAAAUUAUUUUCUUUUUAUUACUUUUAUUCUUGGGAAACUUUGUACACUAGCAUUUUAUUGG